UUGGUGCCACCAGACAACUUUGCGAUGGUCAACACUUGGGUGUACAGGUCCAGCUUUCCCAAGAAGAAGCACUUCACUUUCUUGAAGACACUGGGACUCAAAAGUGUCUUAACUCUCAUCCUGGAGGAGUACCCAGCUCAGAACAUGAAGUUUUUGCACGAUGAAGGGAUCCGCUUCUUUCAAUUUGGUAUUCCUGGCAACAAGGAGCCCUUUGUUCAAAUACCCGAGAACAUGAUCACUGCAGCUCUCAUCACCAUCCUGGACCGCAGAAAUCACCCCAUGUUGAUCCACUGCAACAAGGGCAAGCACCGUACGGGAUGUCUGAUCGGCUGCCUGAGGAAGCUGCAACAGUGGAGUUUGACCACCAUCUUUGACGAGUACAGGAGGUUUAGUCAUCCGAAGUCUCGAAGCAUGGAUCAAGAAUUUAUCGAGCUUUACCAGGAGAAUAGAGUGUGGUCUGAAGUUGGGUACAGGUGGUUGCCGCGAUGGUGA